AUGUCAAACGACGACUCAAAGAUUGGGUUGAACCGGGAUGUUGGUGGUCCAGUAAACGAGACUACGUCGGGGGUUUCCCGAAGAAGAAUGGCUUUCAGACCUCCAACAGCUCCAACGAAACUUGGCACAGACACUGUUAAUACGACUACAAGUGAUCCAAUUGUCCCAGCUCCGAUUAUGUCAUUAAUUUCAUCAGAAGACACAUCAUCAGCUAAAGUUCCGCUUAAAAAAGGGAAGAUGUGGAGCCAUGAUGAGAUCAUGAUUUACUAUGAAGCUGUUAAACAGUUAGGAAAAGAUUUUGAUAAUAUAACGAAGUGGGUGGCAAAACGGAAAGUGCACAAAUGUAAAGAUCAAAUCAAGAACUUCUAUUUCAAUUCCAUUAAGUUCAUUCGUACGUUUGCUGAUUUGGAUGUGGAUUCUCAAUUCACUGGAGUCUGUAGAGAUGCCAAGGAGUUGUUUUUAGUAAUAAAUGCCUGUGAGUGGAGGAAAAGGACUGGAACUUCUAAAUACCAAGCCGACCGCUUGAAGGAGCUGAUUCUAGAUGGAGUUACAACUAUACGCUCAAAAAAAAAGUCUUUGGUCAUAAAAACUCCUCUGUGCCCCGCUUUAAAUAAGUUUUUUAUACAUAACCGAAGGUUUGACCGGGAGAAGUUUCCCAAUGAUGUAAUUAUAAAACUGAGACCUAAAACAUACUCAGAAGCUUCUUUUCUAAUUGAGAAAGAGAAGAACCCGUUUCUGAAACUACGACUAAACAGUAAUGAACGCUUAUCUAGGCUUUUUGAUUACUUACAAGACAAAUGGGGAAGUGCGAACGGGAAUCCGUACGAGUCUUCUCCUAUGGAGAUAACACUUUUACCUUCGGAUGGGAUGGAAUUGGGAAAAAUAGUUCUUGAAGUAGGUCCUCCGGAAACAACAACAGUUUCUCUCAACAGAUUACGAAGAGAGAUCGAUGACACAAACAGUGCAAAAGAAAGCGGAGCUUCUCCAUACUCUAUUCUCGUAUCUAAUCCCUUUUCCAUAAAUUCUGAUGUUGUUAUACAGGGACUAACAAAAGACAACACGAUAGAAUCUUCAAUCAUAGAGCUUUACUGCUUGUGCGGAAUGACGAAAGAACUAUGUUUUACUUACACUAUAUCUGUCCCUCAAAGGGCUCCUGAUCCUUGGCAAAUCCUGUCAUCACUUCUAGGAAGAGAUUAUGGCGAUACUGUUUGUGUAGGCAAAGAAGAAGACAGUCGGAAGCGAGCUGCUGGUGAUUCUAUUGAUGAGGACGACAUGAGUAAGGUCAGGAUAACACGAUGUAUAAAUUGCAAAAGUGCGACAGCGGAGGAAACUACUCCAUCGUCCAGUAGAGAUGAGUUCACCACAUCCACUGCUGUACCUACUGUAGUCGAAAGCGUGAUUGUGGCGGAAGAGAACGAGGCGUUUGAGAAACAACUACAGUCCCUUUCCGGAAAGAGGGGUCGGAAGAUAGGGGGAGUUAAGAGUAGUACACCUUUCUCUCAAUCAAGAAUAACAUCAUUUGUUUCUCAUGUGGCUAAGGAUCCUCCACCUGCGUUACCUGCCAGAAGAAAUCUGAUGCAAUUGAAUAAAGACAAAGCUAAAGGAGUCUCUUACGCAAGUGCUUACAAGUACCGAAUAGCAACCGAAGCACAAAAGAAGAAUAGCGCAUACUGUGGUCCAACUGAUUUCUCUCAUGUCUCUGAGCCUGAUUCGUGUAAUUAUUCCGUGUUAAUGGGUUUGAAAUCGCCGGAAAAAGCACAUCCUGUCAGUUUCACAUCUCCGAACAUUACAAGGGCAAAUAUGAGUGAAGACGAAAGACGAAGGAAGGAAACCGAGCUUUUCGGAGAUAUGUCCAUGUCACCUAGUCGUUUCUCUACAUUGGAUGAUAAGCAUAAAGAAUAUCAUAAUCCCUCGGAAUAUGAUCUAUUUGGUGGAGAUGUGUCCGUAACGCCAUCGAAGACGACGAGUCAGAUGUCUUUAGGAGUCUCUGAAUCUCUCCAAAGCUCUGCACUCUUCCAUGUGACUGUCACAGAAAUGAUGAACCAGAACAGUGUUGAUUUCUCUAGGAACUUCUUACCUCUUUUGGAUAAUUUAGAACAACAUUCGCCUAAGAAAGGUUGA